AUGUCUGCACCCACUAUCACGCGAAUUAAUCCUACUUCUGGCCCUACUACGGGCGGAACAACUGUGAGUAUCACCGGCACUAAUCUUGCCACCCCCACAGCAGUUACGUUUGGUGGCACCGCUGCUACUGUUAACUCAAGCACCCCAACAUCGAUCUCGGUCACAAGCCCAGCACAUGUUGCUGGUGCGGCCCGGGUUGUGGUAACCACUGCAAAUGGUACCAGCAUUCAGCCAGUGAAUUUCACUUAUAUCACUGUUGCUGCUCCUGUCAUUACUUCCCUUUCUCCAACUAGUGGGCCAGUAUCAGGUGGAAACAUAGUUACGAUCAAUGGCACAAAUCUCCUCUAUACCACUGGUGUCACCUUUGGAGCUACUCCUGCCAGCAGCUUUGCCAUCCUUUCCAACACUCAAGUUGCUGCAGUUGCGCCAGCAGGUGCAGCAGGAUCCACCACGGUCAGUGUGACCAAUGGAGCUGGUACCAGUAGCACUCUACCAUACACCUAUAAUGGGGCAGCUGUUCCCGUCGUCAGCAGUGUGAGCCCUACUAGCGGCCCUGCUGCUGGCGGAAAUACUGCUAUCAUCAGUGGCUCUGGUUUCACAUUUGCCACGGCUGUGACUUUUGGCGCAACUCCUGCCACCUCAUUCACUGUGGUUUCUGACACAGCGAUAAAUGCGGUUGUUCCCCCAGGCCCGAGCGCCGGCGGUGUUGUCGAUGUCCUUGUCACCGGACCUAGUGGUACUAGUGCCCCUGGCACUACCUACACCUAUACAGCCGCUCCAACGCCUACCAUCACAGCGCUUACCCCAGCAUCCGGGUCAGCAUCAGGUGGGAAUACCGUCACUAUCACCGGCUCAAACCUUAGUGGCGCCACAGGAGUUACAUUUAAUGGUACUCCAGCCAGUUCUUUCACUAUUGCAUCACCCACUCAAGUGAAUGCUGUGGCUCCACCAGGUACUGCUGGGACUGCCUCGGUAGUAGUCACAGCGCCUGCUGGUGCUAGCACGGGAUUCAAUUAUACUUACGUCGCUACACCUACACCUACAGCGGUGUUCCCUACUACAGAUGUCACAGCUGGCGGCAACACUAUCGCUAUCACUGGCACUAAUCUAUUAGGUACUACUGGUGUGAAAUUCGGAACCACCCCUGCGGCUAGCUUUACAGUUAUUGAUGACACUGAAGUGGAUGCUGUCACGCCUCCACAUAUUGUGAGCACGGUUCCAAUCAAUAUUACCACCUCAGGCGGCACAGAUAGCUCGCUUAGCUUCAGCUUCCAGCCGUCACCGGUAAUUGCUUCUAUUACUCCCACUUCUGGACCAACUGCUGGGGGCACUACAGUGACCAUCACUGGGGCUGGCUUGAUCAAUACCCUUGAUGUGUUCUUUGGGACAACUGCAGCAACCGCCUUUACAGUUAUCUCUGAUAACACGGUAACUGCAACCUCCCCUGCUGGAGCAGUAGGGGCUACUGCUGUGACAGUUGACACCGCUUCUGCCACUAGCAACGGCGCCAUAUUCCAAUAUAUUGCCGCGCCAACCCUUACCACCUUGUCGCCUACUGGUGGAGCCAUUGCUGGCGGCAAUAACGUGACUCUUACUGGAACGGGCUUCACGACGGCUACUGAUGUAUUCUUUGGAGCCAACCCAGCUCCGUUCACUAUUCUUAGUGACAGCUCAAUCAGUGCAGUUGCACCUUCCGGCACUGGAGCCGUUUCAGUCACUGUUGUGAACCCUGGAGGGACUAGUGGUGCUCAGACGUACUCCUACUCUUAA